GCGGGGCUAGUGCAUUACCCUUAUUACAUUCAUAUCUUACACUUGAAAAGUGCCAGGCAGCGGAUAAACGGUGCGUCUCCUGAAGGCAAACAGUAGUCCACACCGUCCAUAUCUCAGGAAGAAACGCAGAGUGUGAGUGUACAGUCAGCAUGGCAGAAGCACAUCAGGCAGUGGCCUUCCAGUUCACCGUCACUCCUGAUGGAAUCGACCUGCAUCUGUGUCAUGAGGCCCUGCGCCAGAUCUACCUCUCUGGGCUCCACUCCUGGAAGAAGAGGUUCAUCAGAUUCAAGAAUGGUGUCAUGACUGGAGUCUAUCCAGGAAGUCCCUCGGGGCUCCUGGUUGUUUUGGUGGGUUACAUGUCCACCACCAAAUAUGCCAAAAUAGACCCUUCCCUAGGGAUGUUCACUAAACUGUCAAAACACCUACCGAUCAGUAAGUACGUAACAGAAGAAGGGCAGCGUGUUGUUGGUGGUGUGCUGAUUGGGACCGGAUUGUGGAUUGCUGUGACUUUCGUAAUGAGGAAUGUCCUCAAGUACUUGCUGUCCUGGCACGGCUGGAUGUUCAAUCGCCAUGGAUCUUUGAACUUAAAAACUAAAAUUUGGUUGGUGUUGGUAAAGUUAUUUUCGGGGCAAAAGCCAAUGCUGUACAGCUUCCAGAGUUCACUACCACGGUUACCAGUGCCUCCUAUAAAAGACACAGUUAGAAGAUAUCUUGAGUCAGCUCGUCCUCUGAUGGAAGAUGAACAGUACAAACGUAUGGAGGGGUUGGCAAAGGACUUUGAGAAGAACAUGGGCCCCAGACUGCAAUGGUACCUGAAGCUCAAAUCCUGGUGGGCCUCCAAUUAUGUCAGCGACUGGUGGGAGGAGUAUAUUUACCUCAGAGGUCGAGGACCAAUCAUGGUCAACAGCAACUACUAUGCAAUGGACUUCCUCUAUGUGAUCCCCACUACACGUCAAGCUGCUCGUGCUGGUAAUUCCAUCCACGCCAUCAUGAUGUACAGAAGAAAACUGGACAGAGCGCAGAUCAAACCAUUGUACUUGCUGGAGAAGCGAGUGCCGCUGUGCUCGGCACAGUGGGAGCGGAUGUUUAACACGUCCCGUAUUCCCGGGCUGGAGACAGACGUCCUUCAGCACAUGAACGAGAGCAGACACAUCGCCGUAUAUCACAAGGGACGCUUUUACAAAGUCUGGAUGUUUUAUGAUGGACGGCUGCUGUUGCCUCGAGAAGUUGAGCAGCAGAUCGAAAGGAUCUUAGCCGACAAGUCUGAACCUCAGCCAGGAGAAGAGCUGCUGGCCGCCUUAACAGCGGGUGAUAGAGUUCCCUGGGCCAAAGCCCGCUCACAGUUCUUCAGUCGAGGGAAGAACAAGCAGUCUCUGGAUGCCGUGGAGAAGGCGGCUUUCUUCGUUACCCUGGAUGACAGCGAACAGUGUUACGAUCCAGAGAAUCCAGUGCAGUCGCUAGACAGCUACGGCAAAUCUCUGCUCCACGGAAAAUGCUAUGACCGGUGGUUUGACAAGUCUUUCAAUCUGAUUGUGUUCAAGAACGGCACCAUGGGAUUGAAUGCAGAACACUCCUGGGCCGAUGCGCCCAUCGUUGGCCAUUUAUGGGAGCAUGUCUUGUCGUCAGAUCCAGUGAGACUGGGCUAUACUGAGGAUGGACACUGCAAAGGAAACCCCCAUCCCAACCUGCCGGGACCCCAGAGACUGCAGUGGGACAUCCCAGAGGAGUGCCAGGCAGUGAUCAGCAGCUCUCUGAAAGUGGCCAAAGCUCUGGCGGACGACGUGGACAUGCACAUCUUCCCCUUCAGCGAAUUUGGCAAAGGCCUGAUCAAGAAAUGCAAGACGAGUCCCGACGGCUUCAUUCAGAUCGCCCUCCAGCUGGCGCACUUCAGGGAUAAAGGCAAGUUCUGCCUGACGUACGAAGCAUCCAUGACGCGUCUGUUCAGAGAGGGCCGCACUGAGACCGUGCGCUCCUGCACCACUCAAACCUGUGAUUUUGUCCGUGCCAUGAUUAAUGACAAAGCAACGAGAGAAGAGAGGUUGAAGCUGUUGAAGGUGGCAGCAGAAAAGCACCAGGAUUUAUACAGACUAGCCAUGACGGGAAAUGGCAUCGACCGCCAUCUUUUCUGCCUCUACCUGUUGUCAAAGUACCUCGGAGAAGAUUCGGCUUUCCUCAAAGAGGUGUUGUCCGAGCCCUGGAGAUUGUCCACCAGUCAGACUCCUCUCCAACAGCUCGAUCUGUUUGAUUUAAAGAGGCAUCCAGAAUACGUCACCAGCGGAGGAGGUUUUGGACCUGUUGCUGAUGAUGGUUAUGGUGUCUCAUAUAUUAUUCUUGGAGAAGAUCUCAUCAACUUCCACAUAUCCAGCAAACACUCCAGCCCAGAGACCGACUCUCACCGCUUUGGAAGUAACAUUAGACAGGCAAUGCUUGAACUCCUGGAUCUCUUCCAGCUUGACAACAAAGCUAACAAGUGAUCUUUCUCUUCUUGUUUUCUCAUUUCUCAGAAGGGAAUCAUUUGAAAAUAUUUUAAACGGAGGGCUGUUCCUCCUUAGGCAUGUACAGAGUAAAUAAUAUUCAAAGAAUGGUCAUUUAAACAGGAUGGA